AUGGCCACCCCCCUCCGCACUCGCGGUUACGCCAACAAGAGGGUCGAGGAUGUCACCCAGGCUGCCGGCGAAGCAAAGGACACCAACCCCAAGAACCCUUCAGUCAUCUCAUCUGCCGGUGCCGUCGGCAAGCAGUUCAACCCUGAUGGAAACAUCGGCCAGGUUGGCGAGGCUGUCGGUGGACCUUUCUCCAAGGAUGGCGCCAUUGGCUCCCAGUUCGACGCAGCCAAGGAUGGUAUUGCCGGUCAGGUUGAGAAGGCCGUCGAUGGCCCCAGCAGACCCGCUACCGAGAAGAAGUAA